CAGAGGCAUCCAAGGCCUCACUGCGGCUGUAGCUCCGAGUCGGCUCCAUUUUUCCCUACCCGUUUGCCCGUUUUUCGUUCGCAUCACUUCUUGGCCCGUGUAGAUCCAUCCUGGUCCCUAACUGUGCAUACAAUUCAGCUCUUCACAGUCAAAUAAUGGCAGAGACAAGUCUGCUGGAGGCCGGGACCUCUGCAGCCUCCACAGCUGCAGCUCUGGAGAACUUGCAGGUCGAAGCAAGCUGCUCUGUGUGCCUGGAGUACCUGAAGGACCCGGUCAUCAUCGAGUGCGGACACAACUUCUGCAAAGCUUGCAUUACCCGCUGGUGGGAGGACCUAGAGAGGGACUUCCCUUGUCCCGUGUGUCGGAAAACCUCGCGCUACCGCAGUCUGCGGCCCAAUCGGCAGCUAGGCAGUAUGGUCGAAAUUGCGAAGCAGCUCCAGGCCGUCAAGCGGAAGAUCCGGGAUGAGAGCCUCUGCCCCCAGCACCAUGAGGCCCUCAGCCUUUUCUGCUAUGAGGACCAGGAGGCCGUGUGUUUGAUAUGUGCAAUUUCCCACACACACCGGGCCCACACUGUUGUGCCGCUGGAUGACGCCACCCAGGAGUACAAGGAAAAACUGCAGAAGUGCCUGGAGCCCCUGGAGCAGAAACUGCAGGAAAUCACCCGCUGCAAGUCCUCUGAGGAGAAGAAGCCGGGGGAGCUCAAGAGACUGGUGGAGAGUCGCCGGCAGCAGAUCCUGCGGGAGUUUGAAGAGCUGCACAGGCGGCUGGAUGAGGAGCAGCAGAUGCUGUUUGCACGACUGGAGGAGGAGGAACAGGACAUUCUCCAGCGACUACGAGAAAAUGCUGCUCACCUUGGGGACAAGCGCCGGGACCUCGCCCACCUGGCUGCAGAGGUGGAGGGCAAGUGCUUACAGUCGGGCUUCGAGAUGCUUAAGGAUGUCAAAAAUACCCUGGAAAAAUGUGAGAAGGUGAAGACCAUGGAAGUGACUUCAGUAUCUAUAGAGCUGGAAAAGAACUUCAGCAAUUUUCCCCGACAGUAUUUUGCCCUAAGGAAAAUCCUUAAACAGCUAAUUGCGGAUGUGACCCUGGACCCCGAGACUGCUCAUCCUAACCUAGUCCUAUCAGAAGACCGUAAGAGCGUCAAGUUCGUGGAGACAAGACUCCGGGAUCUCCCCGACACACCACGGCGUUUCACCUUCUACCCUUGUGUCCUGGCUACUGAAGGUUUCACCUCAGGUCGACACUACUGGGAGGUGGAGGUGGGCGACAAGACCCACUGGGCAGUGGGUGUGUGCCGGGACUCUGUGAGCCGAAAGGGCGAGCUGACUCCACUCCCUGAGACUGGCUACUGGCGGGUACGGCUGUGGAAUGGGGACAAAUAUGCAGCCACCACCACACCUUUCACCCCGUUGCAUAUCAAAGUGAAACCCAAACGGGUGGGCAUAUUCCUAGACUAUGAGGCUGGCACGCUGUCUUUUUAUAACGUCACAGACCGUUCUCACAUCUACACCUUCACCGAUACCUUCACAGAGAAACUUUGGCCCCUGUUCUACCCAGGCAUACGGGCCGGUCGGAAGAAUGCUGCACCACUUACCAUCAGGCCUCCAACAGAUUGGGAGUGACAGGUUGGGACGCGGGAGGAAUCGGGGUGAGGCAGGGUCAAGAAUACGGGCCUUCCUUCCUGUGGCCUGCGGGAACGUCUUGGUGUCUGCCUGGUUCCAGUUGUGAAUCAUCUCAGAGAAACACCGUGGUUUCUAAGAUGCUUUGUGUGCAGGAGUGGGCAGGCCCGGGCUGCAGUGAGAGCACAGCUGUGUCUCCCUCCUGACGGUCAGGAUGGGGAGCUGGUUCCCAGGGGAUCGUCGACCCUGGCGCCCACCAGGUUUUCUGUUGCACAGGGAGGGGUUGGAAAGGAAGGAGAGGCUUUUAUGGAAACAGAGUCAGCAGGAGGUUCUAAUUUGCUCAAACUGGAAGAAGAAGCAGAAACCCCCCCAGGCAUCUUCUCAUGGGGUUCUUCGACCCAGAAUAGUCUUGUUUCCUAAGGAGGAUUGCAAAGGUCUGUGCACCUCUUGAUUGAAGGAAGAUGAGUGACAGCUGCUGUCAUGAAUCUAAAGUUGAGUUUUUUUGUUUUUGUUUUUUGGUUUUUUUUUGUUUGUUUUGUUUUUUAAGAGCAGAGUCUGGGAUCAAGAAGGAUACAGAAGGAAGGUCAAGGAAGGAAACUAAAAAGUCCUAGAGACUAAUGAAAGGGAAGGAGAUUCAGUCAGUCUUCUGUUCCCAGGUUAGGGUUGCCAUUGUGAUGAGGAAUGGCCAGAAGUCGUAUAGGAAAAAGGAGGAGGUGAGAAGACAGGAGAACCCAGGUUCCCGCCUCAGCCGUCCGCAGAGCUGGCUUACUGCUGGCUUGCUCGUGGUGGGUUGUCUCCAAGAAGUCACUGCCCUCACUCCUCUCCAGAGGCGAGUUGGGAGAGAGCCUGUGAGACACGCCUACCCUCUCACUGUUCUCCCAAGGGGACAGGGAGAGGCAAGAGUUGGGUGUCAGAGGGAGGUAACUCUGUCCAAAGCUCUGGCCUUAAAGAAUGUUCCUAAGUGGCUGCUCCCAAGUUGUCAGCCUUGUUAGCUGGCAGUGUCCAAGCCAGAAAGGAAGAAAGGUAAAUGGAGUCUUUCUCACCCUGAGGACAGGUGAGAAGCGGGCGGUGUGUGUAAGAAAAGGCCAGAUAGCAACUUCCUUGGGCCUGUGUGCGUCUGGCCUGGUAUUGCUGUUCACACAAGGCAGGCUUUGGCUUGUCUGUUGCCAUCGUUCACCCUUUGCCAUUCCCCUUUUCAGAGAAUGUAAAUCAUCUUAAUGUUAGGCCAAAACAAACAACCAGUAGGGUACAUAAGUGAUCCAAAUAAAGAAACAAAAAACAAGGAAAGCAAUGCAUGCCAAACCAAAACACAACGUCUUGGAUUAUCUGCUGCUUGGGUCAAUCUCCACAGAAGACCAGGACAAGAAACUGCAGUUUAUCGAGGGCAUUUCAGUUCUACCACCUCAGCAGGACUGUGUCCACUCUCCUCCUCUUACCUUUGUGCCUUGACUGUGGUUCUUUGUGGCAGGAUAACUCUGGUUGGUAAAAAUUAUAUGGAACAAAGGAUCCACUGAAGUGA